UGAUUUUGAUUUCAUAGCAAGUAAAAAUGGGUGAAAAAACCAUGAAGAUUGCAAUGUACCCUUGGUUCGCCAUGGGGCAUCUCACAACAUUCCUUCACGUAUCGAACAAAUUCGCCGAAAAAGGCCACAAAAUCUUCUUCAUACUCCCCACAAAAGUACAGUCCAAGCUAAACCAAUUCAACCACCAUCCAACCCUAAUCGAAUUCAUACCGAUAACCGUUCCUGAAGUCGAAGGCCUCCCUAACGGAACCGAAACCACGUCCGAUGUGCCCUUUACGAUGUACUCACUCCUCCGCCACGCAAUGGACCUCACAAAAUCAACUGUCGAGAACCUCCUUAAAGAAAUCAAACCCCAUUUCGUGUUCUUCGAUUUCACUCCAUGGCUACCUUCUUUGGCUCGAAGCUUAGGCAUUAAGUCGAUUCACUACUUCAUCAUAACCACCGCUUCCGCGGCUUUUCUCUUCCGAGAUGAGCCUACGGUGGAUGAUUAUAUCGAACCCCCGUCAGAUUUCCCUCCGUCAAAAAUCAAGCUUUACAAACACGAGGCGCGUGUGAUUUAUCGGAUCAACAAUCAGAAAGAAUUCGGCUCGGAAAUGAAGUACGUGGAGCGUAUGAUCAUGUCGGCUAAUGAGUGUGACGCUAUGGGAUUCAAAUCAUGCAGAGAAAUGGAGGGCCCGUAUCUUGAAUUCCUCGAGAGGAAAUUCAAGAAACGGGUUAUUCUGGCGGGUCCGGUUUUGCCCGACCCGCCAACUUGUACCCUAGACGAGAAAUGGGCUAAUUGGUUGGAUCAAUUCAAGCCCAAGUCGGUGAUCUAUUGUGCAUUCGGAAGCGAAGCUAGGCUACAAAGGGAACAAUUUCAAGAAUUGGUGUUGGGUUUUGAGCAAACCGGACUCCCGUUUUUCGCCGCCCUGAAGCCGCCGAUCGGGGCGGCGACGGUGGAGGAGGCUUUGCCGGAGGGUUUUAGAGAGAGAACGAUGGAGAGAGGGGUGGUUGAGGGAGGUUGGGUGCAACAACAGGUGAUUCUAUCGCACCCUUCGGUGGGGUGCUUCGUGACGCACUGCGGGUGGGGUUCUUUGUCGGAGGCUUUGGUGAACGAGUGCAGGUUAGUGCUAAUGCCACACGUUGGCGACCAACUUGUGAAUGCAAGAUUGAUGGGCGGGGAUUUACGAGUGGGGGUUGAGGUUGAGAAAGGUGAUGAAGACGGUUUGUUUACGAGAGAUGGUGUGGUGACAGCUGUGAGAUCGGUGAUGGACGAUGACUGCGAGAUCGGGAGAGAAAUCGAAGCGAAUCGGGUCAAGUGGAGGAGUUUCUUGUUGACUAAAGGGCUCGAGAGUUCUUACAUUGAUGGUUUUGUUCACAAUCUGCAGUGCAUGUUGGAGUGUUGAAAUAUAAUUAUCGGUAGCUGUUUUUUUUUCGUAUGCGGAAAUUGUGUUCGUCUACUUUUCAAUUUAUUUGUGUCGUCGUGUUUGAUUGCACUAUUGGUCCGACUCUAAUGCCAUGUUGAACGACCACCUCUAUCUUGGUGAAAGCUGAUUAGUUACAUUUUUGUUGCCUUUUAGUAUAUUUUUCUUGAUUCUCACACAAGAACACACACCAACACACCUCUAUCUUGGUGAAAGCUGAUUAGUUACAUUUUUGUUGCCUUUUAGUAUAUUUUUCUUGAUUCUCACACAAGAACACACACCCAUGUUGGUGUGUGUAGAUGAACGAUAAGAAUCUAUAAAAUGUAAACUUCAUUAUAAGAAUCUAUAAAAUGUAAACUUCAUUGAGUGUAGCAUAGAAUCGACCAUCAGAAAAUACGUAUUGCUCCAAGUUGCAACAGCAGUAGAUUUUAUCACACCCUUUGGUGGGGUGUAAAAAUAAAAAAUCGUGUAUAACAGCAUUAACGACCCCUUAAAAAGAAAAGAUUAUUGCAUUCGACAACUUGUAUUUCGAUUUACAAUAGCAACAAACCCUAGUAAAA